UUAUAUCAUUAGAAACUCCUUUCACAUACGAAUUCGAUGGUAUGCUUUGUGUAACAUGCAUGUCAUAUAUUAUCGUGCUAACCCAUUGUCAAAGGUUAUCUCAAAAAACGUAUUAGGCCCUAUAUAUGUGGAUGGAGGGAGUAUGUAAUUUUAUGUGGUUUCGAUCAGUUCCGGUGGUUGUUUUCUUGAUGUUUAUAUCAGUGGCUGCGCACGUUCCAAGUUCUCGCAGCUGAUCAUUUUUUUUCUGAAGAAAAUGGACCGGCAGAGAUGGGUCGUCAUGGAAGUCCAGCAUGGCCUGUUCUUGCGCUGGUCGUGGGCGCGGCCCUCAACUAGCUUAGCUUAGCUAGCAACGCAAUUUCACAGUAACUUACCAACUAACAGCAGGCAUCGAGAUGUAAUUUCUUCACCUUCUUCAAAAUAUCCGCGGCCUAAAUAUUUCCGCCAAGAGAAAAAAUCGAAAAAGGAACUACUUCACUCAUUGCAUCUGCACAUCAUGCAUGUAGCUUUCAUAUAUUUGAUUGGAGACAAGCAAAUCAUUGGAGAAUGGAACUAAAUACAGAGCACCCAUACCAUACCGGCCAUCUUAUCUUCAUGUGAUUGGAUUCACAAGUUGUUUCUUAUAAAUCAGUAGUUGGAACUUGGAAUGGAAGCAAAGCAGAAACACUGCAGCCCUGGCCUACAAUCAGUAUUCAGUUUCAGUUUCUUCUGCAAAAAUAAACUGGGCUUUACUGAUGCACUUGCUAAAAAAUCCGGCCAUGGCGAGAACAGUGGGGCACCGAAUGCCGCCGAGCGUCAACGACGGCCGGGGACGGGAACACGCGGCGUCAGGUGGUGGCUGAUGGUGCUGCUGGACAUGCUCGUGGUGCUCUGCGGGCAGACCGUGGGCACCCUGCUGGGCCGCUACUACUACAACUCCGGCGGCAACAGCAAGUGGAUGGCCACGCUCACGAUAUCCGGCGGCUCGCCCCUGCUGGCCAUCCUCCUGCUCCUCACGCCGCGCGACCCCGCCGGCGAGCCCCGGCCGGCGGCGGCCAAGAUGGUGCCCAUCUACCUCGGGCUCGGCACCCUCAUCGGCUUCGACAACCUCAUGUACUCGUACGCGCUGCAGUACCUGCCGGUGUCCACCUUCGCGCUGGUGGCCGCCACGCAGCUCGCCUUCAACUCCGUCACCUCCCGCCUCAUCAACGCGCAGCGCUUCACGGCGCUCAUCGCCAACUCCGUUGUGGUCCUCACCUUCUCGGCCGCGCUGCUCGGCGUCGGCUCCUCCUCCGACGGCACCUCCGCCGCCGACCUGCCGCGCGGCAAGUACACGCUGGGGUUCAUCCUCACGCUGUCGGCCUCCGCCGUGUUCGCGCUCAUCCUGUCCCUCAUCGAGGUCACCUUCGAGAAGGCGAUCCGGGGGAGGACGCUCCGGUGGGUGCUGCGGGUGCAGAUGUGCACCAACUUCGUGGCGGCCACGGUGGCGGUGUGCGGGCUGCUGGCGUCGGGGGAGUGGCGGAUGAUCCCGGGGGAGAUGGCGGCGUUCGAGGACGGGCGGGCGAGGUACGUGGCGACGCUGGUGGGGACGGCGGUGUCGUGGCAGGCCAUGUCGGUGGCGACGCUGCGGCUGAUCACGAGGGUGUCGUCGCUGUUCGCCAACGUGACGGGCACCGUGUCGCUGCCGCUGGUGCCGGUGUUCGCGGUGGUGCUAUUCGGGGACAGAAUGACGGGGAUCAAGGCCGUCGCCAUGCUCAUGGCCGUCUGGGGGUUCCUCUCCUACGUCUACCAGCACUACCUCGACGGCCGGCGCGCCGCGGCCAUGGGGGGUCAAGGUGGAGCGGCAGAGUGCUGCGUCUGCAAGGCGCGGACGGGCGGCGAGGCCGCUUUGCCCGCCUGAGACGUUCGUUGGCCAAACAAAGCUGAAAUUACAGUAGUGGUGUCCUAAUAGCACUCUCUUUUUCUUUCAUUUUUCUUUUGAAAUACUAUCAGAUAUACGGACUCC